UUAUAUGGCAACCCUUGCGAAGUGAAUGUGUGCCAAAAGAGAAUAGAAUAGAGGCCGCCCUUCGCGAGGCCAAUAUCUAGCGCCAAUAAAAAAUUAACAAAUAAACAAAUAAUAACGAGCCCGAAAAGAAAUUGUUUUCAAUGUGCGUAAUGUGGUGCUUGGUGCGCGGGUGUGUGUGUGAUAAACUGUUUGUUUACGCCUAAGCUACAGACAGACAGACAAGCAAAUAAAAUAAGCAAAAUCAGAAGAAGUGGCCCAAGAAUUAGCAAAGCAAAAAUAAAGGCAAACCCUUCGGACUCGUGCGAUUUUUCGCCCACGAUUGCGAGAGCAGAAAAAGGCCGCGCGAAAAGCGAGCGAGUCAUAAACAUUCGCGGGCUAAUCAGAUGGCCAGCGGAUCGAGCAGCUAAUUAACCGGCGUACCGCGAGUGCUAUACAGUGUGUCACUAAAGUCACUUCCCAAGUAAUUUAAUAACAUAUAAAGAAAACAGGAUUUAUUGAGAAUCCGAUCAUCGAAGCUAAUCAAUAUGUUCGCUGGACAACAACGCAUCAGCAACCAGAAGUAAAAAGAGCGAAAGCUAAGCGAAACAUAAGUUUAGCAACAUGUUGCCGAGCGCCAGCCUCAUGCUGCUGGCACUGCUCGGUGCCCUCGCAGAGGCAAAACCGGAACACGAGUGCCCCAGCAUCGAUAUCCGGAAUGAUUGCAAGAAUUUGCACCAACUGGACAACUGCACCGUGGUGACUGGCUACCUCAUGAUCACACUGAUCACCUCCGAUCUACAGUGCAACUACUCACAAUACUCGUUCCCCCUGCUGACCGAGGUAACCGAGUUCGUUGUAUUCACGGGGGUGCGUGGCUUGACCAACAUUACGGAGAUGUUCCCGCAUCUUACAAUUAUCCGGGGCCGACGUCUGUUCCUCAACUACGCCCUUGGCGUGACCAGCAUGCCUGACCUCGAACAGAUAGCCUUCCCACAAUUGAUGGCUAUACAAAACGGACAGGUGUUCAUCGGCAACUGUCCAAAGCUCUGCAACACGGAUCGGGUCAACUGGGAUCUCCUUACCUUGAGCACUGGCGACAACCAAAUCAUUGCUACGGGCAGCAACUGCAGCUCCCCGGUUUGCACCGGCUGCGCCUCCUCCCACUGCUGGUCCAACAUAUACUGUCAGCGCUCCCUAAACGAAAACAUUGCCAAUCCCAAAGCCAACAUAAACUCAUGCCAUGAGGAGUGUUUGGGAGGCUGCAGUACUCACUCAACGUCCGCCGCGGACUGUACUGUCUGUCGUGGACUCAGCGAUGCCGGGACAUGUGUUAAAAGCUGCCCGACGGAAAAGUAUGUCCUAGAGCAUCACCAACGGUGCUACUCUAAAAAUGAGUGCGUAAAAAAGCACGGAUAUUUCGUCUACGAAUCUCAGUGCGUGGCUUUCUGCCCCAGCGGAUUCAGGGCGAACAACCAGUCCGAGUGCGUGGAGUGUGGUCCCGAGGAGGCUUGUAUCAGCUUUUGCACGCCAGAGCCUCCGGCCGAUGUGUUUACCAUAAACAACCUGGCCGACGCCGAGAAGGUGCGCGGCUGUCAGAUAUUUAACGCAAGCCUGAUCAUUACCAUUCGCCAAAAGUUGAACGAGUCGCAGCUGGUCCAGAGCUUCACCGGCAUCCGCGAGAUUCGUGGUUACCUUAAAGUGUAUCGCUCUUCUGAGCUGCGAAGUCUAAAGUUCCUCAGUAACCUGGUUCGCAUCCACGGCGAUCCCAUGGAAAGUCGCCGAUACUCCAUAGUACUCUACGACAACAGGAGACUGUCCGAGCUAUGGGACCCUGACCACAAACUUGAGCUCAUGGAUGGCGGCAUGUUUAUGCAUCGCAACAAUAAGCUGUGCAAUCGCCUAAUGCUUGGCUUCCAAAGAGGAGUGAUACACGACAGGGCCUUGGACUCACUCCAAACUAACGACCAGGAAGUAUUGUGCAGUCCGUCAAAGCUGCAGUUAAAUGUGCAGAAACGCACCUAUAGAACUAUAAAUCUGAGUUGGUUAAAGUCACAGACUAGCCAAAGACUCGAAAUCAUCCACAGGCCGCUGCCUCCGGGUAAACUGUAUCACGAGGAGAGUGAACUAGAGGCGCCUGUGUGCACCCGCAUCAAUUGGAAGCGCCAAUUGCUUUUCCAUGACGAGCUGCACGAGAACGGCACGCACUACUUCUUUGAGUUGGACUCCCUGGAGCCGGACACGCGGUAUGCUUGUCUGCUGCGUACUUUCGGGGAUGACAACAUGCAUGAGGCGCGUAGUGAUCUAACCUACGUCCAGACGGAACGCGACAUUCCGAAGGCCCCUCUACUGCAGUUGGUCAAGAAGACGGACAGUUCGCUGAGUGUGCGGAUGGCUGCCCACGACCAUGAUAGCUUCCUAUUGACAGUGUUCGAACUGGCCGACGAUCAGGCUUACAUAGAGCAACGAAACUAUUGCCACCAGCCUUCGUACGUCUGGCAGGACAUGGACAGUGCCCAAUGGCUGGCGUUCGAGGACUAUGACGACUGCUGUGCUCACAAGGAGGAGCAAGCGGAGGACGCACGCUUCAUUGCGGACAUGCGGGACCUAUAUAGCUGCACGCUGGACGAUCUCAAACAGUGCCGCGAACUAAACUUAGACGAGGCAACCUUGCCGCAGUAUCGUCUUCCGGGCAACACCUCGGAGUACGAUCUGCGUCAGCUGCAUCGGUAUCGGUUGUACGCCCUGCAGUUGCAGGCGUGCAACGAGCUAGGAUGCAGCUCCCAUACGGCGCUGCAUGAGCGAACCAACUACACGAUGGGAGCAGAUCAACUCACCCAUUUACAGGGCUGCUACGUUCCGGAGACACAGAAGUACAUUAUACGCUUCCAAGAGCCCCAGCAGCCCAACGGUCUGGUGGUCAACUACGUGAUUCACUACCGCAAUAAAUUCAACCAGACGCACACGGGCUGCGUGACGAGGCAGGAGCAUGCCAACGCCGGUUACGUGUUCGCGGAGCACUUGAACAUAACAUACACGGACUGUGCUGUUCGAGUCCACUCCCUGGCCGGGAAUGCAAUAACGCCCUACGUGCCCAUUACUCACUGCACGGAUGAGGAGCAGCAGCUGGCCCACAGCCGGCCGGUUAAAGAACUGAUCGAUCAUGAUAUCUCCUAUGUGCCAGUCACGGCGGCGCACGCCCGCGGCAUCAGCAUAUUCCUAAUAUGUUUCCUCUUCGGCUGCGGUGCAUCGCUGGUCUGGGUACUUUACAAGCGACGUUGCUGGCAGAAGUGGCCAGGACUUCGGCGCUACAUGCCCAUCCGGGAGCAGUGGCUGCGAGAACGCCAGCAGACCGAGGAUCGAGAAAUUCUCGUCGACGGCUUUGAGACGGUUCGUUUUCAGAACAACAACAACGGCAAUGCUGACGAUUAUCCCAUGUAAACGAUAAUAAAUGUAACUUACCACGAA